AUGGUUACAAGGAGUUUGUUGCUUCUUGCUAAAAGCUCUCCGCCAUUGAAGAACACAACUCCACUGUCACUCCUCCCAAAGAAGAAGAAGAAAUCGAAAUCCUCGGAAGAAGCCCCGAAAGUGGAAUGGUGGAAGAACGUAUUCAAUCCCCCAGAACGAGGCGAUGACUGGACAAUCCUGCAAGCCCUGUUCAGCGUCGACAUGUUGCUCCUGUUCAUCGCCACCGCGUGCGGCGUCGGCGGCACCCUCACCGCCAUCGACAACCUCGGCCAGAUCGGCGCCUCCCUAAACUACCCCAAAAAAUCCAUCAGCACCUUCGUCUCCCUCGUCAGCAUCUGGAAUUACCUCGGCCGCGCUCUCGCCGGCUUCAUCUCCGAGCACCUUCUCGUCCACUACAAAUUCCCCCGUCCCCUCCUCCUCUCCGCCGUCCUCCUCCUCUCCUGCCUCGGCCACCUCCUCAUCGCCCUCGCCCCCGCCGGCGCCCUCUACGUCGCCUCCAUAAUCAUCGGCUUCUGCUACGGCGCGCAGUGGCCACUGCUUUUCGCCAUCGUCUCCGAGAUCUUCGGCCUCAAGUAUUACGCCACGCUUUACAAUUUCGGCUCCGUCGCCAGCCCGGUSGGGCUCUAUGUCAUGAACGUGAAUGUGGCCGGGUAUUUGUACGACAGGGAGGCGAAGAAGCAGCUGGCGGCGGCGGGGAGGGUCCGGAAAACAGGGGAGGAGCUGAAUUGUGAUGGGGUGGCUUGUUUUAAGCUCUCGUUUGUGAUUAUUACAGCGGUCACUUUGUUUGGCCUUUUGGUUUCUUUGGUUCUCGUUUUGAGGACUAGGAAGUUUUAUAAGAGCGAUAUUUAUCGGAAGUUCAGAGAGGCCGACGCCGCCGCGGCGGAUGAAGAGGAGGAAGAAGAUGAUGCCACGGUGGGAAAGGGAAACGGCGCCGUUUUGAGGGAGUCGAAUUCUAGGAAAGAGCUUAAGCAAUGA